UUUUUUUUUCUUGUAUAUGUAUAGACGCCGAUGCAAAUAUACGAUAAAAUGACGUAGUACACACAUAUCACAUUGAUUUUCAGCUGCUGCUAUCUCUGCACAUACACAAACUUAAGUGUAGUCAAACCAAAACUUUGGGACUAUUCUCAUCUUUUCUAAGCAAUUAAUUAGAUUAGAAACAUAAAAUUCAGGUGUAUAUUUUCUCGCUGUUUCCGAGACCCGACCGAGGGUCAACUUUAAAGAGCUAACUAGGGUCUGAAUCAGGAGUAUAUCAGUGACGUGGUCUCUGAUAACGUUACGUCAUAUGAUCUCGUUCCGUCUGAAUCCCGAUCCCAUCCGGAGCCUUUCUUCGCCGGGGUUUUGUCGUGUGGAAUAGCGGCCAAGGAAGGGGAGGGCCAAGUGGCCAACCCGGCACGCAACAAGCAAUCAGAUACGUACGACUACUUCACCAAUCAUCAGGUAGGAGAGAGACGCUGACACGGCCAGUCACCCAGCUCCAUGAAUCGAGCCUCGUUCGUCCUCCCCUAUCCCACUGGAAGCCGGCGCGAUUUUCUUGGCAGUUGAGCUCGUCGCGCGCCAUGGUCCUCGUGGUCACUGACCGCUAGCUAAGCUACUUCGUUCGUCUUCGUUUCCUUUCGUCGGCCGGCGUAAUCCUCUCGCGCUUGUUCUUGUUGUUGUUGCUGCUGCUGCUGCUGUCGCCUUGUCGCCUGCCCCUGGCGACGAGCGGCGCCCCCAGCCGGUACAUGACCUCGGCGUCCGUUGGGGGGGCCAUGGGGAUCUACGGCUGCGAGCGCCGGCGGCAGCAGCCGUUCGCCGCCGGCGUGUGGGGAGGCGAGCCGUUCCGGCCCGACAGCAGCAGCACCCAGGCCGCGGCCGCCGCCACGGUCACCGGAGCAAUGACGACGGUGGACGUCAUCGAAACAGAGGCCAAGUUGGGCAACCGGGCACAAGACGACGUCCCGGUGGAUGAGGCGCCGCCGUCAUCGGAUAGCUUCGGCCACGACGACGCCAGGCCCAAAGAGAGGGACCAGAAAAGGCUCGCGCAGAACAGAGAGGCAGCUCGGAAGAGCAGGCUACGGAAGAAGGCCUACAUCCAGAAUCUUGAGACGAGCCGGAUGAGGCUGGCGCAGCUGGAGCAGGAGCUCACCCGGGUCAGGCGGCAGCAGGGCGUGUACGUCGGUGCAAGCAUAGGAGAAUCAACGUUUGGGAUGACAGCACCUGUUGUUGAUUCAGGUGUUGCUGCAUUUGAGAUGGAGUACGCGCAUUGGGUGGAGGAGCAGAACAAACAGGUCGGCGAGCUGAGGACGGCGCUGCAGUCGCACGCGCCGGAGAUCCAGCUGCGCAUCCUUGUCGACGCCGGGCUUGCGCACUACGACGCGCUGUUCCGAGCCAAGUCCGUGGCCGCCAGGUCCGACGCAUUCUUCGUCCUGUCCGGCGUGUGGAGGACCCCCGCCGAGCGCUUCUUUCUCUGGAUCGGCGGCUUCCGCCCCUCCGAGCUCCUGAAGAUCCUGGCGCCGCAGCUGGAGUCCCUGACGGAGCAGCAGGCGUCGGCGGUGCGCGCGCUGCAGCAGACGGCGCGGCAGGUGGAGGACGCGCUGUCGCAGGGAAUGGACAAGCUGCAGCAGACGCUCGUCGAAGCCCUGAUGACUGUCGAUUCGCCUGAUGCUGCCGGCGGCGGCGGCUACGCGGCGCAGCAGAUGGCGAGCGCGGUGGGCAAGCUCGACGGCCUCGCCGGCUUCGUGGACCAGGCGGACCACCUCCGGCAGCAGACGCUGCGGAACAUGCACAAGAUCCUGACGCCGCGGCAGGCGGCCCGGGGGCUGCUGGCGCUCGGGGACUACUGCCAGCGGCUGCGCGCGCUCAGCUCGCUCUGGGCGGCGCGCCCGCGGGAGCCGGCGUAAUGCCCCCCCGCCCCCCCUCGCGCGACGGUGGGUGACUGACACGACGGCGAAGAGGAAGCGGCAUUGGCACGUCCGCGCGCGGGUGGCUCCCGGAUCGGUCGGCGGAGCAAGAAGCAAAGAAGGGCUUCUUCGGUGGCUCGUUUGCAGCUCUGCAUUUUGUACUGCUUCCCUUGUUCUGAAUCUUAUGGUGGCCACAGCAGGAGGCCUUGGAUUCGAAUGGCAGAUCAAGAAAUCAACAAGUGUAAAUACAGUAUAGAAACCUGUUUGGAAAACAAACUUGUUUGGAUAGCGUAUGCUUGUGAGGCUAAGAGACACAAUGUAUGAUGCAAUUGCUGUUCGUCUCGCUCAACCUGUAAUUACUGACAUUUUUUUGGUGACGAUACCCGGAGAUCAUGUGAAAAUGUACGAUGAACAAUCUAGUUUCGGUGGAUGGUA